CAUGAUUUGACUCAGUCAACGUUCCAAGGGCAGCCGACCCAACAUACAAAAGGAAUCGUCCUCAACAUCGUUCUCAGCGUUAAGGCACACAACUCCAAGAUGGCAUUUGCUCUUCGCAUGUUAAUCCUCCUUUUUGUGAUCAAUGGACAGUUGCGUGGAGUCCGGUCUUUCUCGUUUGAUUUUUGGAAAAAAAAAGUGGCCAUCAAUAACUGUCCUCCAGGCUGGACUCAGUUUAACUGCAACUGUUUCAUUUACCAAGCGGGAGAGAGGACCUUUGACGAUGCAGAGCUCGUCUGCCAAUCUCUCGGUGGGAAUCUGGCUUCCAUCCGCAGUGAGCUGGAAAACACAUUUGUGCAAGGAUUUAUUGAAGACGAAAAUAGUAACGUCUGGAUUGGGUACAACGAUCAAGACACGGAGGGUACCUUCGUAUGGACUGAUGGCACAGCUCCUGAUACCUUUACAAACUUUGCAGGUGGAAUGCCGGGUGAUAUGGGCGACUGUGUCACAAUUUCUGAGAGUGAUGGUAUAUGGAGCGAUGUUGAUUGCACAAACAUGGAAGCAUACGUUUGCAUCAGACCAGUCGACCCUAAUCACUAAUCACCAUCUUCUGUCACAAUUGAGUUUCUUAAUCAUGACACCCCAAUGAGACAAAAUCAAACCCGUCUGGUGUCUUUGCUCUGCAUAUUUCUAGGCUCAAUGUCAACUCUGCUUUUCUUUUCUUUUCUUUUUUUUCUAUACUGCUCAUUUGUUAUUGACAACACGUUUGUUACGUCAAAGAGCAUCCUGUCUGGUAAAUGAGAGAAGAUUUUAGAAUAAUUUUGGGGGGGGUCUUAUUUUCUACUUCUCACUAUUUUGAACUUGCUAAAUCUGUUGCUUCAAAAUUCUAAGUAAAUCUCAUUAAAUGGAUGAAGACAUAACAACAA